AUGGCGGUGUUUGCUCGUGCUCUUUCUUACCUGGGCAGGGAGGUGGAGGAGGGGGAGAGGGCUCUUUCACUGCGGUGCUUUGCCGUAUAUGAUUUCCCUUUGAGGUGCUGCUUCUUUUCUGUCCCUACACCUGGUGCCUGCGUUCUCAACUUGGCUUUUUCACUCUUGGACUACUACCGCGCGAGCUAUACCAUCGACAGCGGUUUGGACCUCGUUGCUACGAGUGUGUAUCUCGUCUUGCUUUCGGUGCUAGAGCUACUUGUAGCCAUCGGCGUAAGUUUCUGUGGCGGGUUCAAGGCGCAGCAGUUGACUGACCUGGCUACAGUGCUUCUCCUAUAUACGAUGGCUCCGUCGUGGGCAAAGCUGGUAGACACAAACCGCAUGCCAACACCCCAAGAGCGUCUGAACGCCCUCGCGGGGUUCUACAGCAAGCAGACCAACAACAAAAUCUUGUUGGAAGCGCUGGGGGCACACAAAAACAUCGCGCCCAACAUGCCUGCCAUCGCCGCGCCGCUUGUCGAACACAUGGUCACCAUCUGUGUGGACACGGAGUCAUCCACCAACAACACGGAUCUCCUGACCGAGCUCGGCCUCACCCAGCUGAAGCGGAGCGAUGCGAGGACCGUGGCGUCGAGUCCUGGGUCUCACGGCGUCAAGAUCAUGGAGCUGCUUCGCUUCUUCCAUUUCCGCGUCGUCGAGCAUGCGCACCUCUUGUCCGACCGAAAGGACUCGAGGGGUCCGCUCGGAAACCGGUUCGGACACACGCGCUUCACGACCUUCAAGGAGCUGCGUGUCGUCCUGCAGCACAUCUUCAACCAGCCGAUCGAGUCCAACGAUCCGGCGCUGAAGGGAUGCAUGCGUCCCGUCGUCCUCGUCGGCCAUGCACUGAGGCACGAUGAGGAGAACGGCAAGAAGGCGGGAUUGGACUACGACUUCGCCGCCAACAGCACAAUCGUGGCCAAGGUUGAUACCCAGCCUUUGGCCCGCGAGCUAGGUGUUUGGGUGCCGCAUCAUACCAUGCGCACCAACGAGAUCGGCCUGCGGGUGCUCAUCGAGGAGCGCGCCAUGUUCAAGCACACCGACGACCAUACGGCGUGCAACGAUGCGGCCAGGACGAUGAUAUGCGCCAUCUGGAUGAUGGUGCCUGCCAGUCUCAAGCAGAAGCAGCCGCGUACGAUGCAAGAGGCGGCUGAUCACAUCGAAGCGCGGAGCAAGGACACCUCGCCGAACCCCUACGGGACUGUAGACUGCUGUACUCGCUGCGGUCGCCGCAACCACCUGAUCAACGACUGCACAGUUGACGUCUCCUGCGCGGCCUGCACCAAGUUCGACCUUGGUCCUGGCCGGGACGACAGCAUCAAGAGCCACAUCGAGACGUACUGUCCACACGUGGCCAAGUUCAAGGCCUGGGCGCGUCGCUACCGAGACGCAUACCUCAAGAACCGCGCGACCGGCAGGUCACUCAGCGACGAGGUGUUGGCUGGACCAGGAGCAGAGGCUCAUCCGUGGUCGACGUGGAGAGGUCCGCGGGAUGUCAUGUGGCCGCUGAAAGACCUUCCUGACGUCUUGGUGGGCAUGGCUUUGAAUACUGAGCGACCCCCGUUCGUCUUCAACAUGCAGGUGGCUCUUGGAGGUCUUCCGGUUCCUUCUACAGGCGAGUGGGUUAGGGAUGCGUCGGUGGCAGGCAUGUCGAGCUCUGUCCCUCCAGCUACACACAUCCGGGGACCGUCAAUCUCUGCCAGCAGUACGGAGAAUUCUGCUCCAGCUCGGCGGGUGACGAUCAUGUCAGAGCAGCAUGGACGCGGUGGUACUCGUAGUCGUGGUGGUCGCGGCGAUCGCAGUCGCGGUCGAGGUGCUACAGGUACCUCUGAGCCGAGCAGCUGGGGUUUUGGCGGGUAG